ACUGGUUGUCAGUUAACUUGUAGCACCAUUGCUAAUAUUUGCUACUGUUAGCCAGCCAGUUGCCAACAAAUUGUUUCAAUUACUUCUUUUGACAAUGUCAUCUAGAAAGAAGGACGUUAAUUUCCAAAUCGAAAUAGCAAAUGAAGAACAGUGGUUCGAAACCGUAUCUGCCCCCGGACUUUUGGUUGUGGACGUUUACCAGCAGUGGUGUGGUCUUUGCAAGGCAGUGCUAAACCUCUUCAAAAAACUACGGACAGAAUGUGGAGAGGAAUACAUUCGAUUUGGAGUGGUUGAAGCAAGUUCUGUAGCUGAUCUGAAAAUGUUUAAAGGGAAAUGUCAACCAGCUUUUUUGUUUUAUUUGGAUAGCAAAUUAAUUGCAGUUGUGAAGGGGGUGAAUGGACCACGUUUGCAAAGAGCAAUUAUUGAAUAUGUGGAAGAGCAAAAGAAGAGACAGGAAUUGGGCUCCAAAUACAAAUCCAAAGUGGAAGAAAUACGUCUGGAAGACUUUGAGGAGCCAAAUAAACCAGAUUGUGAGAACCCUGAUGGAGAUUGCUCUUCUGAAGAACCCAUGGGCUCUUACCAUGUGAUCAUUGUGAAACCAGAUGCUGUGGCUGAGGGACAAGUGGAGGACAUCAAAACAAAGACUGUGAGUGCUGGAUACCAUGUAGUUGCAGAGCAAGAGCGGCUUCUAAAUGAAAAUGAGAUUCGUGAUUUUUAUCAGGAGAAGGCUGAUGACCCUGCGUUUAUGGAGUUAAUGUGUAGUGGGCCUGUUAAUGCACUCAUACUGACGAAAAGAGAAACGGGUGAGGAAAGCCUACCUGCCCUCACGGAGAUGAUUGACCCCGGUCAUGUUGACCUGAUCAAGCCCAAAGCCAGGUCAAAAGACGGUCAGGAGGUGAUUCUGGAGGUGUGUAGCGACAGCAGGGAGGUGGCCAGCAGACAACUGGGUUUCUUCUUCCCCUCCUUCAAGUUCUUCGACUUCAGCAAAGGAAUCAUGGGAAAGACACAGCCCGGGCUCCCCAGAACCUUCGCUCUCAUUCGACCCGGUCUCGUCAAGGAGACAAGAGAGGAGAUCUUGCAGGCGAUCCAUGAUGCUGGCUUCCAGAUAGCCAUGCAGAAAGAGAUGACGCUGACUGAGGAGCAGGCCCGGGAGUUCUACAAGCAGCACGAGGGCCAAGACUACUUCGACAGCUUCAUAAGUCACAUGACCAGUGGGCCAGUCCUUGCUCUGGCACUAACAAGAGAAGAUGCGGUGCAACACUGGAGGAAUUUGCUGGGACCUAAAAUCUUGGCGGAAGCCAAAGAAACCUGCCCUGAAAGUUUGCGGGCCCAGUUUGCAGUUGACGACGUGCCCAUCAACCAGCUGCAUGGCAGCUCGACCGUGGAGGAGGCGGAGAGCGAGCUGAGGCAGUUCUUCCCCGUAGAGCACACCCUCGCCGUCAUCAAGGCCGAUGCCUUACAGGAGCACAGGGACAGCAUCAUCAGCCGUAUAGAGGCAGCAGGCUUUACCAUCUCGCAGGUGAAGGAGGCCCAGCUGACCCGGGAGAUGGCUGAGAACUUCUACAUAGAUCACCACGACAAGAGCUUCUUCAACCCACUGGUGGACUACAUGACACAAGGUCCGUCUGUGAUGAUGGUUCUGAGUAAAGAGAACGCCAUCGCUGAGUGGAGGGAGAUGAUGGGGCCAGUUGACCCAGAGCAGGCUAAAGAGGUCAGCCCUAACUCCCUGAGAGCCUGCUUUGCCAAAAGCAUCCUGGAGAACGCAGUGCACGGCUCCUCUAACACUCAGCACGCCAUGGACUCCAUCCACUUCAUCUUUGGGGACGUCUGCUUGUAGAGACCUGCCGUGCUGGUUACAGUGGGGAGGCAGAAAUAGGUCCAUCAGCAAACACUCUCCAUCUGAUGUCAUUUCCCACAAAUAACCCAGUUUGGCCAUUAAAGUGAUGCAGAACGUUGA